AUGCCUGAACCAGACUUGUCCCUCCCGCCCAAACCGCCGCCAGUGGCUAACUUCAGCUCGCCGAUUAGUUCAAAUAUUCCUCAGAGAUCUUCAACAACUUCCGCACCUUGGCGGGUAACGCCUUCAAGAUCAGUAGCAAGUCUUUACUCUCAGAAUCCUAUUCGAUACCCGGCCUUUGUGCCGUCUCCUACUCCUGCAACUUAUCAGCUGUCUCCAACCCCGAGCACUUGGAACCAGACACCUUUUAGCUUCACGCCACUUCAAGGUAUCCCUUCGCCAUCGAUACUUCCGUUAGGCGGAGUGACUGCCUUGCAUAACACGACCCCAUCGCCUCAACUUCAAUCGCCUGCAAAUGACGUUAUUGCCCAGCGAGGACGUCAGAGAAAGCGCGACCCAAGGAUGCUUCCUUCUGCACGCUCGCCUUCUUAUCGUUGGCCACGUCCACGUCUCACGGGGAAGACUCCUCCCUGGAGAAUUAAUCGGCGCAAGGCUUACGUGAGUCCGAAUCCGUUCCAAACCCCAGAGCAAUCUCGUACGCCCCUGGAAAAUAUGACCAAGCAUAAUACAUCGCACGAUGAAACCAUGCCGUCAACAUAUUUACAAGGUCAUUCAGAUAAAAUAUCCCUUCCAAAUGCAGAAUACAUUGAAGCCGCAAAUGUUGCACAGCAGCAGGAAGCCUGCGAGGACGGCACCGACCCCAUCCGUCGAUUAUUCGACUUGUAUCUGGACAACGGCGUGAACUAUCUCAACGACGAGGAGCAGGAAUUGCUGUGCAGCUACAUUACUCCGGAGAAGGAAGACCAACGAGACCUGGUGUACCGCUUGGUAGAGCAGAUCCUCUGGUAUAACCGCCUCCCUCGGCUCACGUAUAGACUCGCGAAUUGGAUCAGUGUCCGAGACAGAAACUGCGAAGUCGUUUUUAGGUUGCUCAACGAACGCUUAAACCUGCCAGACCCCGACGAGGAGAAACGUACGUUGAUGUCUCUGGAAGAAGUCGACGAGCUCAUGGACUGUCAGAUUGCUAUGGAUGGUUACAAGAAAUGGGUAGAGGAAGGUGGUGAAGAAGGUUCAGGAAGCUAG